UACAAAGGUUUAUUCGGGAGCUGACCUUAUAUAGUCGUAUUUAGUACUAUUUACAGUCGAUUUAUUUGUAGCUGUUUAACUGUUGGCUCUUGUUCCAGGAAUAUCUUCGUGACUCGUCGGCCGUCCGAUAUCUGGAGUCUGGACUCUGUAGCUCUGACAGUACUUGUGACUAGCGGGACCUCGCCGGCUCUAGAGCUGCUUUCAAUGGCACGACGGAGCAUGCGAAUUCGCUUUGGCGGAUGUGGUUUGAUAUCAGAUGGAGUCCAGAUCGCUCGUCUCGCUCUCACUGACUUUUACGCUUUUAAGUGCUUCCUCUCCUUCACACUGGAACACUCUCGCAAUAUUAAUAUUCCUUCGGGCCAUUCACAUACCGCCGCCUCUGUUCCCAGACGAUAUCUACAUCCGGAAUCCGGAUAACAAGCAUAAUGGAAAGCGAUGCGUGUUUUUCAUAGCCUGCCUUGUGAAAUAUCUUAUCGCAAUACACCCCGAAAGACUACUAGUAGAUCUUUCGAACCGAAAGCAAGUUUCUUCGUUUGUAUUUUCAGGCGACUUUACAUGCAGCCAUAUUUUUUUUCCGAGCUGGCUGGAAUCAUGAUAUCAUUUGGACGAAUCCCUGCAUUGCGUGC